AUGCAUGAACGAGGAAAUCUCCAUAAUAAAUCUAGUGGUCCUAGUCAUUAUGGAGCAACUCAUAAUAGUGAACCUACUGCUGCAUCGAAUAGUACUCCAGAAAUUCAUAUUCAUUCCCAUGGUUGGAGGUUUAUGAAAUAUAAAUAUCGUAAACCAUUUGCUGAAUUCUUGGGAACUUUCAUUUUGUGCGUUUUUGGUAUUGGUAGUAUUGCUCAAACAUUACUUAGUGGACAUCUAAAUCCGGCUGUUACAAUUACUCUUGCCGUAUAUCGUAAAUUUCCUUGGAUUCAAGUUCCUAUGUAUAUCUUCGCUCAAACUUUAGGUGCUUUCAUCGCUGCUGCUGUCGUUUAUGUAAAUUAUUAUGCGGCUCUCAAACACUAUGAUGGGGUUGCAAUAAACAAAGCCGGAAUAUUUGCUACAUAUCCCGCUGAUUUCAUGAAUCCUCUCGGUUCAUUUUUCUCUGAAGCAAUUGGCACAUUCUUCCUAGUGUUGAUAAUUCUUGCAGCAACUGAUGAUGUCCGUAAUACUUCAGAUUCAAAACCUUUGGCACCCAUCACUAUCGGUAUUGGAUUACUUGUUAUCGCCAUUUCUUUUGGUUACGAAACAGGUUUUGCUUUGAACCCUGCUCGUGAUUUUGGUCCUCGUUUUUUUACUUUCUUGGUUGGAUAUGGGACAAAAGUGUUCAGUGCUAGUAAUUUUUAUUUCUGGAUUCCUUUGGUGGCUCCAGUGGUUGGUGGUUUGGUUGCUGGGUUUGUCUAUGAUUCUUUGAUCUAUUGGGGAGAAUCACCAUUGAAUCAUAAUGUAUAA